UUAAGUUGCUUUUUUUAUUGUCCUAGUUGUCUUUGAUACUCCAGAUAAGCUUGUGUUUCCUAGAAUGGCAGUUUUGGGAGGACAGGUAUAUAUAAGUAGGUAUAGUGGUGUAGAGUUCACAUUCCAAUUUUUGCUUCAACUCCUGUUUAUCUUGAUGCAUUGCAGGGUGGUGGCCUUGUCCAUGUCACCUGUGGAUGACACUUUCAUUUCUGGGUCUCUUGAUAAGACCAUUCGACUCUGGGAUCUCCGGUCUCCUAACUGCCAGGGCCUCAUGCAUCUACAAGGCAAGCCAGUUUGUUCUUUUGAUCCAGAAGGAUUAAUUUUUGCUGCAGGUGUCAACUCUGAAAUGGUCAAACUUUAUGACCUUCGUUCUUUUGAUAAGGGACCAUUUGCAACCUUUAAGAUGCAGUAUGAUCGGACUUGUGAGUGGACAGGACUUAAAUUCAGCAAUGAUGGUAAACUCAUACUCAUCUCCACAAAUGGCAGCUUCAUCCGUCUCAUCGAUGCAUUCAAGGGAGUGGUGAUGCACACGUUUGGGGGUUAUGCCAACAGCAAAGCUGUCACACUGGAGGCUUCAUUUACUCCAGACUCUCAGUUUAUUAUGAUCGGUUCAGAGGAUGGCAAGAUCCAUGUCUGGAAUGGAGAGAGUGGUAUAAAAGUAGCUGUAUUGGAUGGUAAACACACAGGCCCCAUUACCUGUUUGCAGUUCAACCCCAAGUUCAUGACAUUUGCCAGCGCAUGUUCUAACAUGGUAUGUGAACAGUUGAAGUUGUCUUCCACAUGGGUGCCCCUCUCCAGUUGA